CGCGGUCCCGGCAGGCGGCGCGCGGCGCUCGGGGCCGGGCGGGCGUUGAUGGCGGACGCGGCUCCCGCCGGCCAGCUCUGAGCGCCGCUCCCGCCGCUCCCGCCAUGUCCGUGGUGCCGCCCAACCGCUCGCAGACCGGCUGGCCCCGCGGGGUCAACCAGUUCGGCAACAAGUACAUCCAGCAGACGAAGCCGCUCACGCUGGAGAGAACCAUCAACCUGUACCCUCUGACAAACUACACGUUCGGCACCAAGGAGCCCCUGUAUGAGAAGGACAGCUCGGUGGCCGCGCGGUUCCAGCGCAUGAGGGAGGAGUUUGACAAGAUCGGCAUGAGGAGGACGGUGGAAGGGGUGCUGAUCGUGCACGAGCACAGGCUGCCCCACGUGCUGCUCCUGCAGCUGGGGACAACUUUUUUCAAGCUCCCUGGUGGUGAACUCAAUCCUGGAGAAGAUGAGGUGGAAGGGCUCAAACGCUUGAUGACAGAGAUACUGGGUCGCCAGGAUGGUGUUCAGCAAGACUGGGUGAUUGAUGACUGCAUUGGCAAUUGGUGGAGACCCAACUUUGAACCUCCACAGUAUCCCUAUAUCCCAGCUCAUAUUACAAAGCCAAAAGAGCACAAAAAACUUUUUUUGGUCCAGCUUCAAGAAAAGGCUUUGUUCGCAGUCCCCAAAAAUUACAAGCUGGUGGCUGCACCCUUGUUUGAGCUCUAUGACAAUGCACCAGGAUAUGGACCAAUUAUUUCCAGCCUUCCUCAACUUUUGAGCAGAUUCAACUUUAUUUACAACUGAACUCCUGUUUACCUGAAGACUCCAACAGAAGAAGCCGUCUCUGUGAGCACAGCUUUAAAGUGUAGAGUGAAGAGUACGUGUGACUCAAGGAUUUUUUUUAAGUCAUUCUGUUCCUGGAGGCCACUGAAGUUUCUAUGGUAUGAACAGAGAAGUGAAUCUCAAUUGUUUAGGUAGAGAGAUGGCAAUGUGAUACCAGUGUUUUAUUCCCUUUUCACUGUAAUACUCACCAGUUUUUUGUUUUGUACAACAUUAAACAAAAUGGUUAAGAUUC